GCCAGGUGACGCGGAGAGCGGGCGACGCUGCUUGCUGUGUCCCGGUGACCGCCAGCGACCGACUGACCGACCGAGCGACCGUCGCUGCAGCAGCGCCCGGGGCUGGUGGUGGUGGUCGAGGCCGACAUGCCGCUCGGUUACACGCCCGAAGAGAAGGCGCGCUUCGAGCAGCUGGUGAAGCUGCGCCGCCGGUGGCUGAAGGACCAGGAGCUGAGCCCCCGUGAACCGGUCCUUCCCCCCGGCAGCUCAGGGCCCGUGGCCAGGUUCUGGGACGGAUUCCUGCAGCCGCGCAGCCUCUGGCGGAUCUAUACUUACAAGGCAUGUAAUGCAGGUUGGUGGACCCUUAGUCGAUUACUGAUUCCUGCUUGGCUUGUUCAUUACUACGUGAAGUAUCAUCUUGAUUCUAAACCAUAUGGCAUCGUGAAUGUGAAGCCAAGGAUUUUUCCGGGUGACACGAUUUUGGAAACUGGGGAAGUGAUUCCAUCACUUGAGGAUGAAAAUCCCACGCACCAUUAAAGGCUCGUCUUGGCAUCUGACAUAAAUGGUUAUGUGAUUAACUUCAGAGGAAAUACUCAAUUGCAGUUGUUCCUUUUUGAAUUACUUAUUUAUCAUUAAACUGAUGAUUUACCAGGA